GUUUUUGGAGUCUAGACGUACUAGUCAGUGGAGCUGUACAAGAGUGUUGAUACCUCAUGCUACUUCCAGCGUUUUCUCUGCGAUUCCUAGCCCAACGGUCAUAACCGAUGUACCUUCAGAUUGACAAGAUCGCAAGCUAUCCGUAUAUGUGCUUUGUUUUCGCCUCCGAGUCAAGGGUCCUGCACGAAUCGGCGAUUGGAUUUCGGAAACCAGCUGGCGACAGACCCACUUAAGCUCCAUCUCUGCUAUCAAGUCGCUGGAAAAUUGUGUGCUUCUUUGUGGGAAUAAGAAGGAAUCGUUGCCGAUCCUUCAGUAUUACUAGUUGUGGUAUGCCAGCCCAGUCUUGAUGGUUUUAAAUUGUGUGCGAGAACCGAAUGUCGCAUGUUCAGAUCGAAGCGUUCGGCGCUUGUUCGGCGACUGUGGAAGUGCCGUGCUGGGUGUGAUAACAACAACGACGAUGGCGAACCUGGGGAAACAGAGGCCGAUCUGGAGUUGAAAACAACCUCACAAUCUAUAUUCAAACGACUUAAAGACAGGCAACUUGAAUUGCUUGUCCAAGCAUUGGAAAGUAAAGGUGGUGCUAUUUCAAGUUGUGUUUUACUCGCCAAAGGGGAUCUACGGUUAGGCCGGAGGACGGUGUGUCCACGAGUCGUGUUAUGUCAGCUGUUUCGCUGGCCCGAUCUCAGACACUCAUAUGAACUCAAACCGCUCACAUUUUGUUGUGAUCACGCAAGAAAUCAGGGAAAUGAUGACUCCCUUAUCUGCUGCAACCCAUUUCAUCUCAGUCGCGUGUGCGGCCCAGAGAGCCCGCCUCCACCCUAUAGCCAGUUACCGAUGGAUACGUACCAACUCGAAGCACCAGAUACGGGCCCGCAAGAGAGCACGGAAACGGGUGCUAGCAACACAGCAUUCACACAUCAUAACUAUACAGACCUCAAGGAUUCACACUGUGCCUCCCAACCUAUACAUUGGUGCAACGUGGCAUAUUGGGAAUUACGCUCACGGGUUGGACGGUUGUAUCAAGUUAACCACCAGUCUGCAAACAUUUUUCAGGAACUACCUCACGGCGAUGGAUUGUGCCUCGGACUUUUAGAUCGUGAAUGUCGGACAGAGUCUGUCAUUAGAACUAGAACUAAAAUAGGGUACGGAGUGACUAUAAGCCGAGAACAAGACGGUGUUUGGGCGUAUAACAGAAGCAACCACGCUAUGUUUGUGAAUUCACCGACACUGGACACGCCAAACUCUAGAACAUUGUCCGUCUGGAAAGUCUCUCCUGGUUACUCGAUCAGGAUCUUUGAUUAUGAAAAAUCUGAACUUCUACGAAGGACUAGAAACCCUGAACUUAUGGACGGCCCGUACGAUCCAAACUCUGUGAGGAUCAGCUUUGUCAAAGGCUGGGGGCCGUGCUAUUCUCGGCAGUUUGUUACCUCCUGUCCUUGUUGGAUUGAAAUUAUUUUCAACUUGCCCCGAUGACACCUCCAGAAACCUAGAUUUAAUAUAAUAUUUUAUUUUAUAUAUAUAUUAUAUCAUGUAAAUAAGUCUCAUUUUUACAUCAUAAUAAUUUAUGGCGCCCUCUUUGCUAACCAACGAAACGAUCCUCCUCAAAAAGUUUGACCUGUUUCCUACCGAUAACUUUCUGGCAAUUAUAAAUAUACUGUAUUUACUCUAUUAGUAGCACAUUUGCUUAUGUAAAUGACAGCUUUGUGUCUAUGGUAAAACUAAGUCAUAUUAGCAUAUGUGCAUUUCUAUUGGAGAUGUGCUACAAAUAGAGAAAAUAUGAUAUAUAUAAAAAAAAAAGGAGUUUGAGCAUAUGUGAGAAAUUCUCAAGUUAUAUUGACUGAGCCAAUGUUAAUAAUUUAUAGACAAGGAUUCAUAUAUAUAUCCGAGUCAUUUGUAGACAAGGAUUCAUAUAUAUCAUCAUCCUUUUGUUUAGAUAUCAAGAAGAUAUUCUAUGUGAAGUUAUACGAUCUUUUUUUUCCAAAUUUGGCAGAAAGUAUUUGGUACAGAACAGCGUUGAAUGUACGAUAUUACCCUGUACUGUACAGCUAUAUAUUGCUCUGUACAAACUGAACUAAAAAAAGAGGAAUGAAGCGAAAGACGAACAAACAUCCUUAUUGAAUAAAAUCGUUAAUAUCAAUUUAAAAACUAA